AUAUACACGAUUUCAUUGUCAAAACUGAUAAUUCAAUCGCAUGGAUGUAAAAAUGAAGGACCGUACGCUAGUAACCGAUAUACUUGAUAUUAAUCAAGUCAUUCCAGAAGAGGAACAUGUUAUUCCCGAGGAUUUAAACUCUAGUCCACACUCGCUGAUACUAGAUGAUCCAACAUGUUCCGAGGAAAAUGAAUAUAAUUUUAAACAAACUCAGGAUGAGGGUUCGCCCAGACCUGCGACAUUUUCAGCAGAUGAUAGAACUAAUAGCAUUGAUGCAUUUCCAGUCAGGAUGCAUUCUGACGUGCAAACGGAUUCAGGUAGAGCCUCUUUUAGCAGCACUGUGCACUCCUUCAUAGGGCUAUAUACACUUACUAAGAAUAAACUGAAAAAUAGGUUUCCUCGAUUGUCGACCAGUUGGAUGAGCAGCUCCAAAUAUUCUGAACUUUCCGAAUCGCAAUUUAGUAACAUGACAUCUCGUUCAGGUAUACGUGGAUUUAAAUAUAUAGGGAAAAAAUGGAAAAAGGAAGAACGUGCAGUAAUGUCAAGCAUCAGUGAGGAUGCAUCGCAAGCAGGCAGUACAGUAGCUCCCUACGAAGGUAGACAGGAAACUCCUCCUAGUAGCAUAUGGAACAGUAUGACGGAACAUUCAUCAUCAAAAGCUGAUGUAAUGCAAAAAGCUCACGUAUCAAUAAAAGAACGUUUUAAGUGGACGUCUAAGAAGGCUGCACCUAAGUCUGCAUCCAAGGAUGCUAUAUCAAAUGUACCACAGACAAAUCAACUUCACUUACCUACUACAAUAUGUUAUGUACUGUCAUCUCCGAAAACAGCGUUAUCAAAUAAACUCGGACAAGGGAAGAAAAACACGUUCAACUUCUCCUUUAAGAGAAAUGGUAAAUUGAUGUAUCUGAAACAAAAAUUGGGUAAUGUGCAAAAGCAAAGUAACAAUGAGCGUGCAUUUCCCCAAGAUCAAUCAGACGCAAGUAAGCAACAGUCGCAACCAGUACCUUCUGUACACUGUGGAUUUAACUGCUCUAAUGUUUACUAUGCAGCAAAACGCUUUAGGUUUCCAUGGAAUAAAGAUAAUGGCGAUGAUCCAGCAAUGGAUAAUAUGUUCACUGUCACAAUAGUCAACCGUGGUCAUGCCAAUAUGCUCAUACUGAAAUACCAAAGUCAUUGUAAAAAUUGUUUGGAUAUUACACCUGAUUUUGGUUGGAGAAGGAUGGUAGAAGAAUACGUAAAAUCGGGGAAUGCCAACAGUGGAAAAAGAAACAAGGUUUCAAAUGAAUACGAUGAACUAUAUGCCCUUAGGUCAUACAUGUACUUUAGAGAAUCGAAAAAGGUAACACAUGUAGUCGGUUUAUGUGAAUUGGCCAUAAAUAUUGCAUGUAGGGCCAUAUUAUUAGGUGUAAUGUCCGGACUUAUAGAUACUAGGAGUAUACCAACGUUUCUAAAAAAUCUUAUAGGUAAACACUGCGGAGAAGAUUAUGUAAUGCGAGACAAACACAGUGAAUCUGUAGGAAAAGUAGAGAAUGAUGGUGACGAUGUUUAUCACCCUUUGUAUGUAAAAGGAGGCCUAAUCGGUCUAUGCGUUUCUUCUUCCAUACAAUCCGUCCUUGAUAGCCAACGGUACAAGGAUGCCCUUGUGAACGCCAAGCGUAAAUUUAGGUGGAAGAUGAUAUCAAAACAACAGAAAGAAGAUGGUACUGUCACAGAGUCCAAUAAUAAUGAACCUGAUAUUCACACAUUCCUACCUAUACCUGACUAUGGAUGGAAGCUGGUACAGCGAUCCCAUUUUGAUCGUACAUUCCUUGAUAAUGCUUCUAAAAGUAAUGGGAGAACAUCAGUAGGUGCUAAUCUACGACGGUUGGUUAGCAAAAAGAAUAUGGAUCUGCUUACUACAACAAGCGUAUACUCCAAUGCCAUACUCUCUAAGAUUAAACCACCACAAUUCAAAAAUAUAGAAGGUUAUAUAUACUCGGAUGUAGGAGCCAUAGGCAUGAAUAUUGCGGAACAACUGUACAGGCUGGAAAGCAAACAACUUAUUCGUGAGAAACUACCGAAAAAUACAUUCGGCUUUAAGGUGACAAACCCAAGGGCAGCAAUUUCACCAUGCGGUACAAAAUUUAGUGUUGUACCUGAAGAGCUCAUACUCAACGUAGCUACUAUGGUACACGAAAUGUACAUGACGCAACCCUGCCUCAUGUUUUAGACACUAGAUUAAUUAAUCACUUUGU